AUGGGGCGGAGGUGGAAACUGCUUGAUUGGGUCAUCUCGGGAAUUCCUCGUGGCUUCCUGAAACAUGACUUGACGGAGGCGACCCUCUGCGGCCAGCGGACAUGUCGGACGCCGAUGACGAGGCCAAAUUCACGGCGACAAAUAUCCGACAAGGCACCGAUAACGCCAGACAGUGUGGUCAAAAUGGCACUACGACACGUACGGUUA